AAAUGCGGCAGUUGCACACCAAAGCCAAGAUGAAGAUGAGGUUCCUCUGCCAGCUCAAUCUGUUAGUUCUACUUUUGCAUCAGUAUCUUGCCAUGGAAGAGCCCGAGCAGCAAGACGUGAAGAUGAUCUACAGCAACUCUGUGCUGAGCAUGGUCAAGCUUUUGGAAAUGGAAGAUGCUUUAAAAGACAACCUGGCGUCCUACGUCAAAGCCAUGCAAACAAAAUUGGAUGAUUUAAAACUUUUUCAACAGUUGCUGCAGAGAAAGACAAUGACAAGUCUAGAGGAAAGGGAGGAAUUUAUGGGAAAUCCGCUUAAUGCUUUUCCCCUGCUGCGACGCCUCAAUGAGGAUUGGCCCAAGUGGUUGAAUUAUCUACAAACACCCAUAGCCAGCAAAAGCACAAACGCAAUGGAACAAAGAUUGAAAUUAUCACCCAGCAAUGAGGAUCUUCAGGUGGCGCUCAAAGGUUUCGCGCGCAUCGAAAGUUUCUACGAUCAAGAGGCAGCGGACCUGGCCAAGGGUUACCUAUUGGGGCAACACUUUGACUCUGAGUUGACGGCCCCUGACUGCUUUGCUCUGGCUGAGUUUUACUGCAAUCAAACGAAAUUCUCAAGAGCCACGCCCUGGUAUCGCAUGGCCCUAAGACUGCACCAGAAUUCCGAGGGCAAACUCCAUCAGAAGGUUUUGGAGCUAAAGCGGAAGAGGAUCUAUAAGAAGUAUGCCAAGGCCCUGAUCAUGCAGGCCUUCUAUUCGGCUAUGCCGAAUCAGGUUAAUCCCGAAUGGGAUAAAAUGGCCAGUCAGGUGGUAGUCGAGAACAACUAUGCCAGCAUCAAAAAUGCCAUAGACGAAUACCUUGCAGGUGAUGAGGUGAUCCUACGGCAGGAGGCUGCUCAGCACAAGCCCAAACCAUCCAGGCUGGAGCGCGGCUGUCGUGGAAAGUGGCCGAGGCUGUCCUCCGCUCAACUGGCCUGCAGAUAUAACCGGGAGAACUCUGCCUUUCUUCGACUGGCACCGCUCAAAAUGGAAGUCCUUAACGAGCGACCGCUGAUAGUGCUCUACCACGAGGUACUCUACGAAAGCGAAUUAAAAUCAAUACGGGAUAUGGCCAAUAAUAAUGACACCAUGACGGAUGUCUGGACUCACCGGCACUUUAAUCAGCCAAUCAUGCCAACGCGCGAAGAUCGGGUGGCGAAGCUGCACGUUUUUCCAGGCAUCGAUGAGUCGUUCUCCCUGAGCAUCAAUCGACGCAUAGCGCACAUGACCGGGCUGGAGCUGCAGGGUAACACGGCCUUGCAUUUGUCCAAUUAUGGUCUGGGUGGCUAUUUUAAUGCCCAUGAGGACUAUGUGGAUCUUGCCAGACGUCCAGCGAACUAUUUUACUGAAUGGGGAGGCGAUGUUUUGGCCACAGUUCUACUCUAUGUAAGUGACGUGCGCAUGGGAGGAGCCAAUGUUUUUCCCAAAUUGAAAAUCUCCGUGGCACCCAAGAAGGGUAAUGCUUUGAUCUGGCACAACCUGAACAAUGCUGGCAAUCCCGAGAAGCUCUCCAGCCAUGCGGUCUGCCCCGUUGUCAUGGGUUCCCGUUGGACAAUUUACAAAUGGAUUAACGAACAGCAGCAAAUGCUGAAGAGGCCUUGUCUGGCAUAGUUCCGAAAUGUAUCUCUCUAUUAGCGCCUCCAUUAGGAUGCCAUUCAAAUAAAUGCAAAUCUCCGCCCAUCCAA